AUGAAUUAUUUUGGAACUAACCCGGAAUCAAUCAUUUUUUUGCAAACAAAUGACAAGACAAGACAAGACAAGACAAGACAAGACAAGACAAGACAAGACAAGACAAGACAAGACAAGACAAGACAAGACAAGACAAGACAAGACAAGACAAGACAAGACAAGACAAGACAAGACAAGACAAGACAAGACAAGACAAGACAAGACAAGACAAGACAAGACAAGACAAGACAAGACAAGACAAGACAAGACAACACAACACAACACAACACAACACAACACAACACAACACAACACAAAACAACACAACACAACACAAGACAAGACAAGACAAGACAAGGCUGA